AUGGAUCCGCACCUUCCGAUGCAAAUGAACCCCCAACAAUUCAACAGUCCACAGAUCCAGCCGCUGAUGCCAGGACUGGGCUUUCAGGUGUCAAACAAGCUGGUCAGAGGCGUGGGACAACUUUCUUGGCUCAGCCCAAAGGCUGGUCUAAUCACAUGUCACCAGAUGAACGCUACGGUAUCCUUCCAGCUGAAAGACUUUUGUGAUCAUGUAAGUUAAUAUUGUGAUGACUUAUAUUAGUUUAGGGGGUUACUGACUUGACCACGGUGCUCAGACCAGGCUUCAGAUUAGCGUUUCAAGCUGUCGCCGACGAAGGCAGAGAAUGGAUUGGCAACUACGUUUCUCCAUGCAAUGAACCAGUAAGUUCUUUCUGAUUAAGAUCAGUUAAAUCGAUGUUUUGUUAAAAGUAUAUUAUGAUUGGUCACAUAUUUGAUGUUUUACACAUAAAAUGUUAACAGAAGUAUCUUCAGGAUUCUCCGGACUCGCCAGAACUAAACCUAGAAGACUUCGAAAGCCGUUCAGACAGCCGUGCUCCAACCAAAGAUCCUUACUCUCAUGACUUUGAAGUCCACGCACUCUCUUUCUUGCUGUCCAUCUUCCAGAAGAACGGUCUACACAACAUUUCCUUGUCGUCGCUACACAGUCGUAUCUCCAACUCUGGUCGAGACGACUUGUACCGCUACAUUGGAUCGUCAUCCUUGAAACGACGUCAGUUCAUCGAGAGAAGGUCUUACAUCUUCCACAUCACAGAAAGCGAUGUUGUCUUCCUCCAACCGGCCGAAAUCUACACUACAGUACUCUUGUUGGCCGGAUUCUUGCUCAGACACGGUGGAGCGACAUCUUCUGAUUCUUUGUUCAACUUCUUCAACUCUUCAACCCACAUUCCGCAAGCAGUUAAGGACAGUGUUCAGAACAGUAAGUUGUUUUUAGUUAUUGUAGGUUAUUGUUUUUGGAUAGUUGGUUUUGUGAAUCUGGAAUUGUGAUGUUUGAUAAACAAAUGCAAAAAUAGAUAAUUAAAAUUGUGUAUUGUUGGGAAAGGGAUUAAGUGUGCAGAAAAAAAUACUCUUUUCUGUAAUUAAUAAUGAAUAAUGAUGUUACAGGGUCUUUUUUGAAGUUUUAGUAAAAAGCUUAUGAUUUAGGCAUGAUGAUAAAAAUUUAAAAUUAUGUUUUCCAGACCGCUUCAAGUUCAUGGAGUUCCUGUCCCAACAUCAGUUUGCCUUCGCUCCUUUCCCAUCCCAAUUCUACGUUGCUGUCCGCCGCAACCUCCCCUACUUCGACUAUCCUUUGUUCAUCAACCGCAACUUCCCUACAUGCGUCUUCCCUCCACGAGGCCAAGCUGUUACCUAUACUCCUGGCACCAUCCCCAACUUUGGCGGGUUCGAUCAGAAUGCUGCGGCCGCUGCUGAUCAACUGGCCAUCACUCAAUUCAACAGCAACAACCAAAUGUCGUACGGUGGAAUGUUCCACUCGGAAGACCAGUCAGUUAAUACUCCGAGGAACCCAUGGACCAACACAGAAAACAACAGUAACCCAGUUGGACCAUCGCCUGCUUUCGGGGGCUCUGUAGACAUGGGAUACGGUAACACUCCGAUUCCUAAGAAUCUUCCAGGCCCAGGAGUGAUUGGAGGUCCAAUGACACGACACAACUCUGUUGGAAGCAUGGGUCAAGGACAGUAUGACAUGUUGAGACACGGUGCUGAUCUACGUGUUAGCUGUUCUCCACCAAUCUCCAGUCUUUUGGGUACCAUUAAGCCUAUGAUCAUGAACUCGGAAACUCAAACUGAUGAGAUUUAUGAGCCUGUAAGUCAUCUUUUACAAUUUUUAUUUUUUCAUAUAGUAAUGUUGAUUUUAAAUUACCUUUUUAAAAGCUUAAUAUUUAGGUUACAUUCAAAUUUUGCUAUUUUUUACAUUAAAAACGAAUCAAAUUUGCGUAUCUAAUACAUUCUUUUUAAGAAGCCAAUCGGAGUUGAUCCAGCAUGCAGAUGUCGCUGUAACUGCCAAGCCAGUAAGCGGCAAGACAGCUUCAAGAACGGCAAAACUCAGUCUCCUUUGAAGUCCAACCCGGCUUCUCGUCAAAGUUCGAAUGGUCAAUCUGGAGUCAUUGCUCCACCAAACAGCAGUGGAUCGACCAGUUCCUCGAACGAGAGCGGUCUUGGUUCUAUGGGCGACAUGGUGGACCCAAUGGUGGCUCAUAUGCUGGCUGCCAUGACCUCCAGUCCAGAACCUAUUUCAUCGGUGACUUCACUCAGCAACGCUGUAGCCUCGACUGCUUCGAUCUGGGGCCAGCCAAAGGGAAACAACAAUAACAACCAGAACCCAUGCUUCGGAUUCCCACAGUUGAUCACGUUCCCUCCGCCAAGUGGACCCAACAACAAAAAGAGCCAACAGAACUCUAACCAAGGAUUCUACGAGCCAUUCUCAUCGAAAGGACUGGAAUUGAAGCUGACCUCACUUCAAUUGUAG